GCUGGCUUAUUGUGUCGUUGGUCGGCAGAGGGAAAAAGCGAGCGAGUGAAUAACGGGAACUGGGUCGGUUUGGGAUAUUAAAUCACACCGAGGGAAACGCAGCUGAAGCGAGAGAGUUCCGAAUCUUUCAAAAAAGAGGUGAGCAGAAACAAAUAAACGUUUUAAUUUGUCAUUUGCGCAACUUUUGGAGUGGUUAGUGACCGUUAUUUUCCAGUGAAAAGGAUGUGGGACAUCAUAGAUGUAGUUUGGAGGACCAGUGAGCUGUUGGGCGGUUCACUCCUACUUCUCUACACUCAUCAUGUUUGUUUGUUGGGGUGUAAAUCUUUAAUUAUAGAUAAUAAAUUUGGACUAUUUAGUCUAAAGAAAUCAGUUAAACAAAGAUUUUCACUAUACACUGAGUGGAAACACUGCUACUCAUUCCUUGGUGGUUACAAUGAACACAAAAACAUCCAGUUUUAAUCUCUUUUAUCUGAGAUUUUCAAGACUUAAUCUGCAAACAAGUCUCUGUGUAAGUAUGUAUGCUGCCUCAUAGUAAACUGGUACUAAAGUUCAGCACUUGUUGCAUUAUUUCUGGAGCAUAGUUAGGAAACAUCCUGUGUGGAGGGGGAACCAGGUCCCUCUUCACAGCCUCACAGUGGGUGACUCCUUUGAGCUACAGCAGAGAUAAAAGGGUGAUUGUCCCAAAUCUCACCCACUGUCCAGAAAGAGAAAAAAGCUCUGCAGCAUCUUGCAAUUUUACCUUGAACAAUGCAACUUCUGUGUGCUUUCAGCUGUGGUUCUUUUUGUGUUAUUUCAGCUGGCCUUGAACUUUUGAUAAGCAUGAAAAAGUGAGUUUAGAUUUUAACAAAAUGAGUGCAAAGUGAGUUUAUUAUCUUGUCCCUUUUCUUACUUUAGGAACCACCUCCACUUGAUGUCUGCCGAUGGAGCACUAACCUUUGGAGCAGAGAGACAGAAAAUAAGAUGCUCCACUCCUUCCUCUUGGGCUCUCCACUCCGUUCACUGAGCUUCAUUUAGAUUUCUGCUGUUUUUACAUGAUUACACUCAUCCAUAGCUGUUUUGGUUACCUCUUGGUGUAGACAGUCGAUAUUUAAAAAAUGGCAAACAUCUGCCGAUAUGGCAGCUUCACCCACGCCGUGGUGCGAGGCAUCCCGGAGACCUUUGGAAAAGCGGAGGUGGUAGAUGGGCAAGAGAACGGCGACAUAUCUGUGGACCUGGCCAAAGCGCAGCGUCAGUUUGGGUGCCUGACAGGGGCUCUAAGGCAGAAAGUAGGCCUGCAGCUGAUCGAGAUCCCCCCUGACCCCGAGCUGCCGGAGAGCUGGAGGAUAGAGGAUGUGGCCGUCAUCCAGGGAGACACAGCACUCAUCACCAGACCCUACAAACAUCAGAGACGCAGUGAGGUAUCACAGUGGAGACCCAAAUGGCUCUGUUGAUCAGUUUUUCACCCUAGACCGGUGGUUCUCAACUGGUCUCACUCUGGGACCCACAUUUUCCCAUGGUCUUUACGUCGCGACCCACUUUUACAGAAUUCAGACCAAGAAAAUUCAUUUUUUAUAUUAAAAAUAAACUUUUAAAGACUCUAAUCUUCAACAUAAAACCUCUUCUUUUAUUGAGUAAAGUGCAUUUCAGAGCACAUGGAGACAACAUGAGGACGACAACUACAGAAAACAUCAAAUAUCUAAUAAAUUUUGCAUCAACUAUUUACUAUUUUGACCAGCUGAUCGUGACCCAUCCAGAACGUGUCCACGACCCACUUUUGGGUCGGGACCCACCAGUUGAGAACCACUGCCCUAGAGGCAGGUUUGCUGUCUGGCCCAGUGUAAGAGUUACAAAGGAAUUAUCUUGAGAAAACUCGUCAUCAUGGUAAAAGUUUUUGUUUUUCAAUGUUGGUGGAACUAUUUCUGUUAUUCUUAUUAAAUAAACCUGUUGGAGACGAGCUUGAAAUCCUUCCUAAGAUAUUGACCUAUUUAGAGAAAUGUUUCUGAUGUUCCUUGGAGGAAUUUUAAACUUGUCCACUGUCUAAAAAGGCCAUAAAAAGGCUGAUUUAUUGGGUAAGAUCAUAUUAUCCUUGUUUUUCUGGAGCUAUUAAGACCGUGAUUAUCAGGGGAAGCUCAUACUUGCUCUGUAGCCACUUGUAAAUGGUUGAGUUUAACUUAACUGUCUUGUGACUGUGUGUCUUUCUCUCCAGGCGGAGGCAGUGAGGAGGGUGAUGUCAGAGCUCAACCUGACGGUGGUGGAGAUGGGGUCCAAUGAAGCAGACUCAGGAGGCGCCACACUGGAGGGCAGCGACGUCCUCUUCACGGGGAGGGAGUUUUUCGUCGGCCUCUCCUCUCACACCAAUCGCAGAGGGGCUGAAGUACUGGCAGACACUUUCAGGGUAGGAAGCAUUAAGAGGAGAUGUUGCAGUGACUUCAGGUACUAUCAGUCUUACAUCCUUUAAAUCACUGCAAGGUUCUUUUUAGCAGUUAUUGAUUGUUGCGUUAUUAAGAGUCUCAGACAAGCGCUGACACUAAUAAACCACAAAAUAAUCAAUACUUAGAUUUUUUUAAUCAGGCCACAAAAAAAAAGUCAAAGUGCCAAGAUGCUUGUCAGUGAAGUGACCCAGCUGCCAAAGUGAGCAGGUGGCACUUUGCUGUAUUGCAUUGGGGGGAUUGCAGCCUGUAAACAGUGAUGAAUGAGGCUGUUUUAUUGACCAAACAAUGAAGAACGCACAGCAGGGCCCCCUCUGACUCCACACAGCCAUUAGUAUUGAUUUCUUUCUCUUAAGUGCAACAUACACACUCGUGCCUCUCUCAACACACACACUUACACUUGCAUCUACUCGGGUGAAGUGUGUGUUUGUGUUUGCAAGUGCUUGUGUGUGAAUUAGUAUGCAUUGGAGGGAUCGUGUGGUCAGAGAAUGGUGGUGCAGUGGUUCGUCCACCAGAGCAGGUAGUCAAAGAUGAAGCAAAAGCCUCUUUCCUGAAUAUUUGAUGUGAAAUGGUUUCAUUUUUGAGGUUUGUAGGGACAUGGUAAAGGCGGGAUAUUAGAGUCCAAGAAAAGACAUGCAACUAUUUCAGUGUGCUGCGGCUAAAAAGAACUUAAAAGGAUCUUAUGUAGGAGGAUUCACCUGCUGUGUGUGAGCCUCUUUCAGAGUAUCUGAAGUUGUAUGAAUCCUUGCAGCACUCACAGUAUUUGAAGGUUAUUUAGACGAAUGCAUGACUGCCUAUGAUCCCUGAAUCCACACUGCAGGCUCCUUUAUGUGGUAAAAGUCCGACUCUAUGUUGUGAGUACAGAAUCUCUGCUGUGUGGAAAAAGCUUUCCAGGCCACUGCUGCUCAACCAGAUAAGGAAUGCUGUUAGUGUUGAUUAAACGUUUACGCCUCCAUCUGUCCAGGACUUCGCUGUGUCCACUGUUCCGGUCUGCGGUGGAGCUCGGCUGAAGAACAUCUGCUCCAUGGGGGGUCCAGACACGAUCAUUAUCAACGACAGUGACGGGGCCAAGAAGACUCUGAGGGUACGUCUGUGUGUUUACAUCUUAUCUUUGAGUGUGCAUGUGGGGUUUACAUGGAUAUAUACAACCUCUCCUCCCAUUACCAUGUGUCAGAAAAGGAGAUUUUAAGAAGAUCCUGAAAGUUGCCUCCUGUUUUGAAGUUUUGAACUGACUCUGAUUAUUUUAAAGUCAUAGUUUGUGAUCUUUGAUGCAGCUUGUGUUGUCCUUCUCACUGUCCUCAUAAGAACUGCACAUACUGAAGCUUCCAUACAGCUGAGGUCAUCUUAAUAACAGCAAUAAUGUUGCCUUGGAGUCAGCGUGUAAUGCUGGGAGUGGUUGUCUAAAAUACAUGUGUGUGUUAGGGUGUUACUCAGUCAUAGCCAUGACGUGUGUCGUGUGUGCGCUUCAUCCAGAUGAUGGAACAGCUGACCGAUCACCACUAUGAAGUCCUCACUGUUCCUGAAGAAUCAGCAGCAAACUGCGUCUACAUCAGAGGCCCGUCCAAUCAGGACUUCCUGCUCCACCGGCCCACAGAGGAAUGUCCUGACAGCGUCUCUGUGAGUGCAGCUCAGGCUCUGGCUUUUAUUACAGGCUGCUGUUUGGAAACACAGUCACAGCUACAGUGAAGCUUACAGGCUCACAGGCAUAUUGAAGAAAGAUGUGCAAAGAGGAAACUAUGGAAGUGAAAAUAUCCUUAAUUUUAGUUCCUAUUUUGAGUUAAAGCUGAGAAAAUACUGGAUAAUUCUGUUCCAAUAUAUUUACCGUAUACACACAAAGGACUCAUUUGUUGUCUUAGGUAAUGGAGGCAUUGUUUUCCAUAACACCUCAUCAUAUAUUAGAGUGAAAUUACAACAAAAAAGCAUUGAUUUCUAACUGUUUUUCAUCUAUAACAUGAACAUAACAUUUUUUAUCAAAGCACUUUUUAAAAAAAGUCUCCAAUCAGAAACCAAACAAGAAAGACGGUGCCUAUUCUCUCGGCAGCCUGAGCCUAUAGCAGGAUGUGCUGGUCCAAGCCUGAGCCUGUCCUAAGAACAGGGCUCGACAGUGCAACCAUUUCACUCGCAUUUGCAAUUAAAAAUAGAUGUGUGCGAAUUGUAAGAUGUAUUUAGGAUCACAUGUGCGCUUAAAAAAAAUUCAGCCGAGGCAACAAAUGUUUUUUCAUGUAAAUACCGCAGUGAAGUUAGUUUUAUGAUGGAUAUUCAACGGACAUUCAUUGUGGCUCGACCGGUGUCUUCUCACUCUCCCGGAAAUAGCAACAACAGCAGCAGCGCGGUUGAAUCUACUCGGCAUCCUUGCUUUCAAUGUCGGGUGUUGAAUAAGGGACCGUUAAUAAAUUACCGGUUGAUGUUCUCAGAAAAGCCUGUUUUCCUUCAAUAGCUUCCAUGUCACAUGACCAAUUGACUUAAAAUUGAUUUCGGAUAAUAGUACUAAGGUCGAACGAUAAGACACACCUCUUUAUUUUCCUAAUUUGUCAUCUAAAAAAUGUUGAUGUUAAAUUUAAAGGCAAAUUUUGAACACUUUAUUUAAUAGCUUCCAUGUCAUGUGACCAAAAGACCUAAAAUUGAUUUCAAAUAAAAGUAUUUAUGUCGACCAAUAAGACACACAUUAUUCGAUCAAUCUUCAUUGUGCGCCUAAAUUUCUUUGUGCGCUCCUCACUUUCUCAACUUAGGAGCACAUGCCCUCCUUGUGAAAAAAAGUUAGUGUCAAGUCCUGCCUAAGAAUAAGCUUUUAAGGCUACUUUUAAGAUUAGAGAGGGUGUCUGCCUCCUAUGGGUAAAUCAGAGGGCCCUGAUAACUAAAGGCUUUGCCUCCCAUACCACUUAUAAAGACAGCAGGCCUGCACACUGGGAGCAUAUUUUACAGUCUCAAAGAGAUUUAAUGAAAGAUGCUUCGUCUGUUCUGCUGCAAUGAUUUCCACUGAUACAAUAUUUCCUUCUUUAAAUACCUCUUACUUCUUCCAUUGACUGGAUCCAAAGUGUUCCCUCACCGUGAUAAUGAUGAUGAUGAUGAUGAUGACGGAGAUAAUGAGCAGGGUGUUUCCUUUGUCAUCUCUGCAGGCCUUCCAGAAGCUCCAGGACUACACCCUCCUGCCUACAGCCUGCAGCGAGGCCUCCAAACUGGGAGCCUCUCUGUCCUCACUCUGCCUGCUCAUCAACAGAAAACACACAUAUUUCUGAAAACACACUUUAUACAUGUUGCAGACCCGCACACACACACAUUGAACUGAUGAUAUUGAAGGAAAAAAAUGGGCCCUGUCACAUUUUUUCCCCCUCAUACUUAAAUUCUUUUCUAUUUGUUGCUCAUAGAAAACCACUGCCACACAGCAUCCAAAUGUAACGCCUGCUCACAGACUUGUUGCACAGCUGCUCCCCCUGCUGGACAAACAUUGCAGCAUGCAGGUUUCGGCACAAACGUUUGACAUUUCUUUUCCAUUAAAACCACUAAAACCAGCUGUAGCUUUGCACUGUUUCUGUAGAGAUGACCACUGAGCUGACUGAUCACUUUGACUAAAGCUGACAGAAGUAUGAAAACAAAACAAGAACGCAAAUUGAUAUCUGCAUCAAUCAACCAAAGUACAAAUGUAGGCAAAUGAAUGAAAGUAAGGCCUUAAAACACUUUUAUUUCAUUCUCUGUCUGUUUUAACUUUAAAUAUAACAAUAGCUUUUUAUUAUUUGAUAAAUUAACUUAAUUUUUUAUUGUAUUUUCUGAAGGCAGUGUUAGUCAAUCCCAUGUGGUACCUAAAACUCCUAUCUGCAGAUUUGUGCUGAUGUAUUUCUCAUGUUCCAUAUAUUUUUUCCACUUCUCUUCAACUUAUAGUGACUUUACUGUCUUCAUUACAGCCUCAUGUAGCUGCUAAGAACAGAAUUCGAUUUCUAAGACUGUUUUAGCUGUAUGUACGAGUUUGUAGUGUAGAGAUGACAAUAAAACUCACCUCAAAACAGAA